CUCAAACUCCUCCUAUUCUCACAAUGCUCAGGAGCGCAUUGUGGUGAACAUGGCAGAUGAGGAAGAUUAAGACCCGCCGAGCUGCUGCUGCUGCUGCUGCUUCCUCCUCCUCCUCCUCCUGACCACCGAGCCACUUGUUGGCUGCCCUGAGGUCCCUUUGGUGGAAUGGUGCAGGGCUCUUGCCAAGGGAGGCAGCGGUAGCCGAGCGAGCGGCCGGGUUGCGCGCGCGCGCUUGCGUGUGUGUUGAAUUCAUUUAUUAAUUCUGUGUGUGUGGAAGGCGGGCAGGACCAGGAAGCGCUACGAAUUCGGGGUUUGGCUCUGCGUGUGAUGAUCCGGCUAUGGAGGGGCAGCGUCGGGGAGCUGAGGAGGAGGCUGAUGCUUGGCCGGUGAGGCGGCGGGCGCGCCAGGGGCCCGCGGCCAGGGGCACAGCCGGCAGCCGUCGCCGCUGCUGCCGGGACCGGGCGCCGCUCGCUCUGUGCAGCAGCAGCAGCAGUAGUUCGCAGCUGGGACUGGGCGCCCUUUGCAUUGCAACUCCGCAUUGCUCGUAUUAUUGCGGCUCCGCGUGAAAGGGAGGAGGAGGAGGAGGGCCAGCCAGGAGGAGGAAAGGAAAAGCGGGGGGGAGGCAUCGAGAGGGGAAGGGCAGAUCGCAGCAAGGAGGAUUGGAGGAGGAGAAGAGGGGGCAGCCGCCCGCAGCAAUAGCAGCCAUGCUGCCCGGGGUGGGUGUGUUCGGCACCAGCCUGACCGCCCGGGUCAUCAUCCCUCUGCUAAAGGACGAGGGCUUUGCGGUCAAGGCGCUCUGGGGCCGCACUCCGGAGGAGGCGGAGGAGCUGGCCAAGGAGAUGAGCGUGCCUUUCUACACCAGCCGGAUAGACGAGGUCCUACUGCACCAGGAUGUGGAUCUGGUCUGCAUCAACCUGCCGCCGCCGCUGACCAGGCAGAUCGCCGUCAAAACUCUGGGGAUCGGAAAGAACGUCAUUUGCGACAGGACAGCCACACCACUGGAUGCCUUUAGGAUGACGACGGCUGCGCACUAUUACCCCAAGCUCAUGAGCAUCAUGGGCAAUGUCCUCCGCUUCCUGCCUGCCUUUGUGAAGAUGAAGCAGCUGAUCCAAGAGGGCUACGUUGGAGAGCUGCUUGUAUGCGAGGUACAAGUCCACAGCGGGAGCCUGCUGGGGAAGAAAUACAACUGGAGCUGCGAUGACUUGAUGGGGGGCGGGGGGCUGCAUUCGGUUGGUACCUACAUCAUUGACCUCUUGACCUUCCUCACUAGCCAGAAGGCUGUGAAAGUGCACGGGCUGCUUAAGACCUUUGUGAAGCAGACGGACUACAUCAAGGGAAUCCGCCAAAUCACGAGCGACGACUUUUGCACGUUUCAGAUGGUCCUGGAAGGCGGGGUGUGUUGCACCGUCACCCUCAACUUCAACGUGCCCGGGGAAUUUAAGCAGGAUAUUGUUGUGGUAGGGUCCAGCGGGAGGCUGACUGUAAUAGGCACGGAUUUGUACGGGCAGAGCAACAGCUCGCCGCAAAAAGAGCUCCUUUUGAAGGAUUGCACCCCUGUCAGCAAUGCCCUGCUCCCCGAGAAGGCCUUCAGCGACAUCCCUUCCCCUUACCUCCGUGGAACUAUAAAGAUGGUGCAGGCUGUCCGGCAAGCGUUUGAGGAUCAAGAUGACAGGCGGACCUGGGAUGGGCAGCCGCUCACAAUGGCUGCGACUUUCGACGACUGUCUCUAUGCUUUGUGUGUGGUAGACACCAUUAAAAAAUCGAACCAGCUGGGUGAAUGGCAGAACAUUGCGAUCAUGACUGAGGAGCCAGAGCUCAGCCCUGCUUACUUGAUCAGCGAAGCAAUGCGCAGGAGCAGAAUGUCUCUAUACUGCUAGGGUUUUUUUGGGGGGGGGGGCACCUCUCAGAAAAAAAGUGGAUCAUUGCAGUUCUUUCCUAACGGAAAAAAAACAUGCCGUGUGUCUCAGGCCUUGGACAAGGAAGACAAUAUCGGGAAUAAAUCCUUGCUAUUUAAACCACAUUGCCUAGUUGGUGCUGAAAUAUUAGAUGCGUUCGAAAUGCUUGCUUUGAUAGUUGUUCGAGACUCUGUUAAAGAGAAACUUGCAUUAACUGUUUACAAAAUAGCAUUAUAGGAAGGUAGAACAGCAUCCAUUUACAACCUACAGGUGCAUAGCUGAUGCAGUUGUGUUUACUGUGAAUAAAAGGUUUGGGGAGGUCCAGUUUGAGACAUUCAUCACCAAUUAGCAGGCUGCAAAGCUGGUGACCUAUCAGAAAGCCCUUCCUUGCAGAAAGCAAAACUGGCUGCCUUCUGACAUGGACACUUCCUUGCAGCCCCGCUGAUAUAGCAUGCUAAUUGAUUACUGCAUCAUUCAGUAACCCAUGCACCUAUAUCAGAUUCAUAGACAGAAUAAGAACACUUUGGGUAUGACUGUGUUGUAUGACCUGGAAAAUUUGGCAGCUUGGUUUUCAUAGUUAAUAAUGAAGUUUUAUGUUCUGUUUGGACUUUCCCCCCCUGUCAAGGUAACAGAAACAGAAACAUGUAUAUUUUUUAAAAUACAUGCAGCUUCAAAUUAGCAGCAUGUUUCUCCUAGGGUCCUGGAAGGAUUCAAUACGACGCACAACAAUCUGUAGAUGUAUGUUCUCGGAUUGUUGCUAAAUUCCAGAGAGACAACCAUGUUACUCUGCCAUAGCAAAACUAAUAUAGAAUCAUAGAGAUGGAGGAUCAUCUAGUCCAACCCUCUGCAAUGCAGGAAUAUGCAACUGCCCCUUACGGGGAUUGAGCCUGCAGCCUUGGUAUUACCAGCACCAAGCUCUAACCAACUGAGCUAUCCAUGUUUAGUACUGUACAAAAGCUUUCACGGACCAGAGCUUACUUCGUUAGAUGCACAAAGUAGCCCAUCUGACAAGGUGCGUACGGUCUAUAAAAACUUGAUUGUUUUUUUAAGGUGUUAACGGGACUCUUUUUUUCUGACUUGGGGUUUGGUCUUUAGGGCCCACACUAGGACAAGAUUUUUAAAAGCAUAGGUUUCAACAAAACCUAACAUGUUUAGGGAGGAAAUUGCACAAAAACAGAGCAUGAUUCAUCCAAAGUCUAGGUGAGAUGUAGAGACUGCUACCUGAACAGCUACUAGAUAAAUUUUUCUUGGCUUGCACAUCAUCGCUGAGAUGACAUGGAAGCUUGCACUGAGAAAUCCAACUGGGUACUUACUUCUAGAACAGUAAAGGAGUUUACCUCUCCCUUUGGUAUCUACUGGACUUUAAAUUUAUUCAGUCCAUUUCACUUCUUUGUAGGUAGUUAAUACAUUAUCUUAUUACUUCCUUGCAUCAUUGAAUUCCAGUUUCAUUUUUUUAAAAAAUUGAUGCCUUGAUGCAGACUCUACUUCUCCCUCCUCCAACACCUGAAGAGGUUGCCUGCAUUUGGAGCAGUAGAUGGGAGACUAAAAGAUGAAAUGAAGGAAGAGUGGGUAACAGCAUUCCUACUAAAAGUUACCUGUGCUAGCCAUCCCUGAUUGUGAUGUACAACAGCAGGAUGCACAUAGGAUGCAUGUAAUAUUUCUGGGCAGAGGAGCAGAUUUCUGCUAGAUGGCACUGGGGGCAUCAGAUCACAGAAGGGAGGAUAAGUUUAGAAGGGGUGGUAGCAAGUUCCAAGAAAUCUGGGAACUGAAACACUGUUCUGUAUGAUUUGACAAUACAGAUAAUCAAAGGCUCUCCAUUUGUGUUGCUGUGUUUCCAGCCACCACCUCUUGAAAAGCACUUGAAUGACUAGCAUAUUAACUGUAUCAUUUAUACUAUUUUAUAGGAUUCUCGUUUUUUUAAAGAUUACCCAUCAGUCUUAUUGGUGUCAUUUUGUACCACUGAGGAAAGGUCUAGUAAAUUCAAUCAUCUCUUUGUUUUCCUGUCAUUCUCUUAUGCUGAAUAUCGGUCAGGGUGUUGCACUAACAAUGUUAAAAAACAAAGAGUAAAAUAAGAGUUCCCAGUUCUAUAAAUCCUCUUGUGUGUAGAAUUAGCAUGACUAAUUGCAACCCUCUACUUAAUCUGGAUCUUAAAUGAUGCCUUGUUUUUAUUUUCUUUAACCUUAAAUCAAAGUGUACAUUUAUUGCUGUAUAUAUUUAUUGUGUUUGACAAAAUGUGUGUGUGUGUGUGUAUACACGAGAGAGAGAGAGAGAGAGAGAGAGAGAGAGAGAGGCAAACGCAAACUAGGUAUAUACAAAAUGUCAUUGCAUGGGCAUUUUAUGUACAGUAGAUAUUUUAAAAGUUAUUUAUCAAACAAAAAGUGUGUGAUAAAACAGAGUCUAUAUUUUAUAUAUCUAUACUGUAGAUAGCAAAAACAAAACCACAUUUAAAUUAUAGCAAGAGGAUAUGGGAGUAUUUUUUAAAGAAAAGGGAAGGCCUGUGGUGGUUUCUAGCAUUUUGACAGCCUGGCUACUUUUAAUGGAAAGUUGUGUUUUGUGGCUCUCGGCUGCAGCAAAGUCUGUCCUCCUCCUCCUUGAAAGGAUGAUAUCCGUGUAUUACUUUUCCAUUGCUUGUGGAAUGUAGUUAGUUAUAGCCAGCCAUGGGCAUAUAUGUGCUGCUUAAAACAUGGGUUUCCUGCUGUUCUUACAUAUUUGCACUGUUGGAAUAAAGAGAAGCUAAACAGUGAAUAAAGACAUAAAAGGAGAUGGGAUUGCAGCUGUCGGCUGUUCUUCAGUUGUGUUUUCUUCCUGCAGUGAAAUAGCUUUUCAGUUUUCUCCUGCCAUCUCUUAUAUCAGUUUGAUUUUACAGACUUAAAUGAAAUAUCCAAUAUUCCUGCUUCUGAAAGUUGUUGGGUUUUUUUUUUUUUUUUGGCGGGGGGAGAGAAGAGAGAAGGGAAGCACAGAGGUAAGAAAAGGGUUUUAACUGGUUGCCCGUCCCAAAGCUUCUGCUGAAAAAUGUAAGUCAAUCACUAACACCCCCACCCCAAUAUUAUUCACCUGUUCUGUAUGGAACAGAGUUGUGUGAGGCUCUGGUGUGGGGUAAUGGAUGAAUCCUAGAGACUACCAUUUUGAGGUGGUGAUUGAUGCUGUAACACUAAUACAUGACACCCCUCCUCCCCAAUUUAUUGGGUAUGGGAAAGUUUAAUCUGGGUCUUGGCAGAUGCCUGCAGCAUAUCAUUGCAACCCAAUGACCAUCAUACAUAUCAGCUUCACAAACUCUCAGCCAGACACUCACCGGUGAGUGGCUUCUUCACAUCAGUGACCUCCUCAACAUGGAGCAAAACAGCUGUGCCAUCAGAGAGGUUUACUGAGCUAAAGCUUGAGCUCGUAUAACAAGAGAACAUUGAUUGUGUUUUGACUUAGCCCAGGACCCAAUUGAGGUUUCAAUUCCUUGAUUUGGAACUAAUUUUGCCAGGCAUUUGCCUUCUUUUAAAGAGUUGCCACUUUUUUCUAGCACAUUCCAGGAUUCUCUGAUUGUAGGCUAAAUUGGGCAGGCACAGAAGACUCCCAGAAACAUCAUCGUUACCCAGAAAAGAGGAUUUGUGUGUGGGGGGGGAUUAGUUCAGCUUGCAUUUUAACACCAACCUACCUAAUUCAUUUCCAUAUCAAAACAUGAAUACGUGAAUCAAAACAAAACUUUCUUUCAAAAUCCACACUUCUCCAACCAAAACAGUGUACAGAAAUAACACACAUUAGGGGGAGGUAUGCACAAAGAUAUGUUUAUUAGUGAAAAGAAACAACAUCCCCCAAAUAUUUGAUGUUUUAUGAUCAGGAAGGUGAUGAGGAAAUGUGCUGGAAAGUGGGGGGAUAAUGCUUGCUUGAUCCAUUGUCUAACCUCCCCACAAACAAAUUGGGAUAAACACUCGCUAUAAACAGGUUGUCUGGAAAUGCUCAAAACCUUUACCCAUUUCUUAGGGUGAGGUAUGGUGGUUGCAAGGCAUACAAAUUCUGUAGGCCCAAGAUGAGGAUACAGGCUCAUUAUAUUGGCUGGCUGUUGCCUUAAGCGGGGCGCCGGGGGGGGGGGGCAGGUUGGUGGAAGAGAUUGGCUUUCCUAAGGGAAGGGGUUUGGGAGCCUCUCUACUUGUCCAGGGGUUACAGGUGCUCUAAAUACAGUUGAUUGCCCUCCCCUAUCAGCUUUCCAAACAGAGCUUCUCUUGCCAACAAGGGGGGGCUCAAGCUGGAGAAAGCAGACACACUUGCAGAUGCUGCCACAACACUUUUUUUCCUGCAAUGGCCAGUAUGAUAUUUAUAGCCAAUCUUUCUGUGCUAAUUCAAAGGCUCCUUUAAUAUUUGAGGCAAGAGCUCAUUAACUCUCAAUGGAACCCUGGGGUAACAUAAUGAAAACAAGUGCUGGGGAUGCAGCUGUAUGUAUAGGAUGUAAUUGCAGUACGGCAUCAGCGGUGAAGCCAGCAAACAUGGACACAACAGAAAUGCUAAAAACAAUGACAGAUGAAAUGGAAUAAGGUUAUCAAAGUGUAAAGGUGUGUGUCUUUCUUUGUUUUAAUAAAGAUACUGUAUAUGGACAGUUACUGGUGGGAUUACCAACAAACCAGGAAAGAAAAUUGCCUGCUCAUGUGUCUUUAACACCAACACAACAGGCAAAAAGCAGGGUUUCCCCCCACAGUUUGGAGCUAAACUGCCAGCUGCUGGUGUAAAGCUGUUAAUCAGAGGGAGAGGAAGUAGACUUUCUCCAAUUUGCCUCUGUUCAGCUUCAGCUGAUAAACAAAUGCCUCCCUCCCCACCUCCAGCUACUAACUGCAAUUCUGCAAUCGCCAAGGCCAUCAGAUGGAGAGAAAACAGCACUUUGCCGUACCAGAGAAGGAGUGUGAUUUCAAACCCCCAUAAAGUCAAUCCAGCUGGUAUGAGAAACUCCCAAAAAAAGAAGGGAGCUCUGCGUCUUUCAGUAGCAUGGAACAUGUUGGAGCAACAACACGUAAGCAAAUUAAAUCUGCUACUGUUCUUGUUGAUCAGGUUUAAUCUUAAUAUUAUUGAAAUGUAUGUUGUAAGCUGCCUUGGAUGUGUGUGAAGAUGCAGAAAGCAAUUGCAAUAAGGCACAGCUGAGCAUUUUGUUGAAAUGUGGUGACCAGAGUUACUGCAGGAGACUCAAACUAACCUUCCUGCCCAAUUUUAUGGUUGGGUUUCUACUUGGUUGACUUUUUAAAUAAAUGUCCAGGGUCUACCUUUAAUGGCAGUUUCUGGUUGUUUUGUGCACUUGGGAAUUGUUUCUUCCUCUGCUAACAUCAGUGUGAGAACAGGGCUCAAUUGUGCACGCCAAUUAAAGGUGUACAAGAGCCUUCUCUCCUUUUCCCAUCUAGCCACCUUAAUCAGCACCUUCAGUUGCCAACUUUGGGGCAGGGCUUAUGUCCCCCUCAGAGUAGCUUACAAAAAAUUAAACUAGUGAAUGGCUUGUUUUCCAGCACAGAGGCAAGGUGAUCAGGAAAGUUUCAGCUGCUUAAUUUCUGCAAGUUGGGCUGCUGCUAUUGGCAUGGUGGAAAAAUGCAUUUGAAAUGGAGUAUUCCAAUGAAUUAUUUUUCCACCUUUGUCAAAAGUAGCCUACAAGAUUCUCAUUGGCAACCUGGGACAUCCAAAAAGUAUUCUAGUUCACUGGAAAAUGCUACCGUUUGGAGCAGGCAUCCCCAAACUGCGGCCCUCCAGAUGUUUUGGCCUACAACUCCCAUGAUCCCUAGCUAACAGGACCAGUGGUUGGGGAAGAUGGGAAUUGUAGUCCAAAACAUCUGGAGGGCUGAAGUUUGGGGAUGCCUGGUUUGGAGGAAUGAGUCUUGGAAAGACACAAAGAGUUCCACAUAAUGAAAACCAAGUCUAUGAUUUAUAAUGAUUAUAUCCUCACAUGCAAAAGGAUCCCAGGCUCAGUUUCUGCCAUCCCACAAUAUAGCUUUGGGAUACUCACUGCCUUUUAGUGUCCUGAGCUACAUGGGUCAAUUGUCCGACUGCAGAUAACUAUAGGGGAUGCAAAACUCUUCUGUAAACCUUAAAAGCCAGUGACAUUUUCUAGGACCCAGCUGGCAGGGAGAGAGACCCAUGUGCCAGUGAAAGUGUGUGUGGGGGAUCCUUUUUUCUGCUGAUGUGUUUUGGGCCUAGAAAGUAAUCUGGUGAGUGGAAGUACCUGGGCUAGGAAAGGCAGAAAGUAAGAGGAGUCUGCAGCUAGGUCUCACAAACAGCAACAACUCUGUGAGGUAGAUUUAGGCCCAGAGAUCAUGAGUGGCUCAAAGUCAAGCAGUGAACUUCCUGGCUGAGCAAUGAUUUAAAUCCUUAUUUCCCAGGUCCUAGUCCGACACUUAACGACCAUGCAGUGUCAUACCCUCCAACAUUCCUCAGAUGAAAAUGGGGACAUUUAUCACGCCCCCACAACUGACCUUCUGCCCCCCCCAUUUUGUCCCCUCAGAUCAUUUCCAUCACACCAAUUUGACACAGCACAUACACCCUCCGCUGUCCUGAAAAUAGUAAUUACCCCAGAUUUUAUUUACUGUAAUUCUUUUGUAGAUUUACAAAAAGAAACACACACCAAUAAAUGAAUUUUAGAAAGGUUCCAGAUUAGAUGCAGAUGCACAAAGUAUAUAUUGCGCUCUGCUCCUCUUCCCCUUUCUUAUCACCCAGGGUGGCCCUGCUCUCUGCCAGCACCUCAGGGCUGGUGCGUCACGCAAGGUUGGGCCUUGCCAACGACAGCCUUUCCUCCUUACCCUCCUCUCCAGCAGCCGCUAUGAGCUGCUCAGGGGAGGAGCCCAGCAGUGGCAGCCAUGUAGAGGCAACAGGAUGCUUUCUGCCACCAUCGCUCGGGGAAAGCGCUGGCUCAUCCUCUUCCCUGAGCUUGGUGGGGAAAAUAAGGUCAUUCUGAGAUCUGAUCAGAAGCCAGGAUGGCUUUUUGCAAUUCCAGACCUGUCCCUGGAAAAUUGGAGGGUAUGCAAUACCCACUGGCUCUUCAGACUUCCAGAAUUGUACUGUAAAUACACCUGAAAUGGGCAACUAGUUUAAGCAUCACUGUAGCUAAACUCAGUAAACCAUGCAUCAUCUUCCCCCAUGCCCUGCCAAUUAAUUUUCA